UCUGCGGGUAAAACUUUUUAAAACUUUAAUAUAAAAGGCUCUAUUAGGCUCGUGCUCCGAAACACAAAGUAAACCCUAAUUUCCUCAUAUUUAUGUCAAAAAAGACAGCCAUUCUCGUUUUAGCCAGACUAAAUAACUCGAGAGCCGCAUCUACACACGGGACCAAUUUAAAGCGUAAAACUGGUACUCGUGAGCUAUGGAUAAUACGUCUACCUCAAACCAAACUACGCCAAAUUUGACGGGAUUUCAAGCAGACAAAACAGAAGAGCUUAAUGAUAUCACACCUGUACUGGACCAACAAUGCACAGAAAGCCGAGAAGAAGAAGAAACUGAUCAGAUUACUCACCAAGUACCGAGAUUUAACGAUAGUUGCGCUAGAGACCCGGCAGAAGCGUUGUUUUCUCUGUGCCCCGCGGCUCAUGAGCUUCCUUUACGUCCUCCUCCUGCAAUAGAAGCGAACUAUGUUCAAUAUUACGUCGUAGAUUUUCUGAAGCCCGAGCACGAUCAGUAUAUUUACAGACAUGCAAACGGGCUAUGCGUAAUUGGCCUGGCAUCCACGCAUGUUGCUCUGGGAAAAAAGCCGGAGGUUAAAGCUGUGGACUUUAAUGUUGGAAAAUCAAGCCGAAGCAAUAUUAAGGUCACUGGAAAGCGAAAAAAGAAUGCUCACUUUUUGGAGGCUAAUUCAGCACUAUGUAAAGUAAUUGCUAAUGACACAUUUUAUAUCAUCAGAUGCUGUGUUAGAGGCUCUCUUCUUGAAGUUAAUGAGAGACUUAUCAAGGAACCUGAGCUACUGAACAAAUCUGCUUCAAGCGAAGGAUACAUUGCCAUCAUGAUGCCAAGGGCUGAAGAUUGGCUCAAAUCUAAGAAUUCCUUCCUUAGUCAAGAAGAGUAUAAAAGACAGAGAGGUUCAAACUAGAGUUUUAAGCCUGAGGCUGUUAUAUUGUAUAAUCCCAAAAUUCAUGUACCAUGUUGUCUGGAAUUUUAAAUAUGCCUUUUCCUGUUUCUGUAUCGACCUUGAUAAACUGGCAUAACUGAGUGAUCACUUAUGAAAUUUAGUUUAAACUAACAAUCCACGUGCUAAUUUAAGGUGCCUAGCUUUCAAGAUUUAAUAGUUGUUAUGUAGGCAAUUAUUGGUCACCUUGAAAAUCUAGUACACUUUUUUUUGUCUUUUGUCUCGUCUUAGUGACAAUUUAGUACCCUUGUCCAAAGGGUUUUUGUGAUCGUAUGAUUUGUUUGGUACAGAUGUGGAGUAUUCUGCAAGGAAGAUUCAAAAUGUGAUAAAGAAGUUUACUAAAUAGGUUGCAAAUUCUAAACUAUUUCUAUAGAAUGUAAAUCAAUGGCAUAUACAAUGUGGCAUAAAAUAUAUUAUUAAAAGAAUGAUUAUAAUACAAAUAGGUUUCACUUAUGUCGAUC